CACCAGUAGGAGUUGAGAGAAUAUUAUUGGGCAAUAGGUGUGACAUGGGUAACAGAAGGAUGGUCAACAAAGAAGAUUGAGAACGAUUUGCAAGAGCAUAUUCUCUUCCAUUUCUGGAGACAAGUACAAAAAAUAACAUUAACAUUGAGCAAGCGUUUAUGACGUUAGCAGAAAAUAUUCUUGAGAAGUUGAUAAAGCUCUACUGGAAUACGAUCCAAAUCGACUGGCAUCAUUGGAUGAAUAUCCAGAAAAUGAAAUUCUGCUCAAUAAAGAGUAUGAAAGCAUUGAUCCUCCUGCUAAACUUAAAUUGUGGUUUGAUAACGUGUCUACUAGUUAUAAUAUUGAAGUUGCUGCAGACAGUGUUUAUGAUCCCGAUGUGGUUAUGUCUGCUGUAUUACAGCAGGGUCAUGAUCGUUAAUUGGCUCUCUAUUGGUCUGAAGAUGGGAUUUACAAUGCACAAAGUCAAUGAGAAUACAAAUGGUCUCUCUCUUUGUGCUGACAAGUUGAAGGCUUUGUUUGAAGCAAAAGUACAAGAAGUAGAACGAGAUGAAGCAGCCAAACAACUGCUAACAGCAUGCUAUAGUAUUUCCCAGUCAAUUAUUGCGGCAGUGAAGGAUCAACUAGCAGUUUCAGAUGUUGCAGCAGCUGCAGCAGCUCAUCCAAAAUUUACUUCUGCAGAAAUGAAGCAGAAGGAAUUUUCCGCUUGUCUUUUUCCAGACAAAUUUACUCCAUCAACAGUCAGUGUAAUAGAACAGCAAAACAAGUUUUCAUUGUUUAGUCAAGCUCAUCAAAUGCUGGAUGAUUGGACCAAUGAUCUGGACGGUGAAGCUAAAGUCGUUUAAUUAUUAAAACAUUUCUGAGAAUGCACAAAAGCUCAGGCGAAUUCCUUAUUUGGUGCAGACUUGGUGAAGUAUAUUGAAAAGGACAGUAGACAAUGUGUGCGUGCUGAGACAUCAAGUUGUUUUUUAUUUGAAGCUUGUAACUAGACAGAAGUGUAUAGCUGUAGUUGCUGCAUGCACGUCUUGAAUUACAGAUAUCGAUCACCUGAUUGAAUUGUGAUGGCAGUAACUCUAAUGUGAUCAUGGCAGAACAUAAAAGACAGACGUAUUU